GCAUAUUGUUGUACCAGAGGGGUUUUAAACUCGACAGGAAUGAUAACGCAUAUUGUUCUGCCAGAGGGGUUUUAAACUCGACAGGAAUGAUAACACAUAUUGUUCUGCCAGAGGGGUUUUAAACUCGACAGGAAUGAUAACGCAUAUUGUUCUGCCAGAGGGGUUUUAAACUCGACAGGAAUGAUAACGCAUAUUGUUGUACCAGAGGGGUUUUAAACUCGACAGGAAUGAUAACGCAUAUUGUUCUGCCAGAGGGGUUUUAAACUCGACAGGAAUGAUAACGCAUAUUGUUGUACCAGAGGGGUUUUAAACUCGACAGUAAUGAUAAGACAUAUUGUUGUACCAGAGGGGUUUUAAACUCGACAGUAAUGAUAAAGCAUAUUGUUUUACCAGAGGGGUUUUAAACUCGACAGUAAUGAUAACACAUAUUGUUGUACCAGAGGGGUUUUAAACUCGACAGUAAUGAUAAGACAUAUUGUUGUACCAGAGGGGUUUUAAACUCGACAGUAAUGAUAAGACAUAUUGUUGUACCAGAGGGGUUUUAAACUCGACAGUAAUGAUAAAGCAUAUUGUUUUACCAGAGGGGUUUUAAACUCGACAGUAAUGAUAAAGCAUAUUGUUUUACCAGAGGGGUUUUAAACUCGACAGUAAUGAUAAAGCAUAGUGUUUUACCAGAGGGGUUUUAAACUCGACAGUAAUGAUAAAGCAUAGUGUUUUACUGUUUUAGCCUACAGAUAUCCCUCUUUGUCUCUGAGGAACUAAUCCCAGCGGCGACAUCUGCCGCGUCAAAUAACAUCUUUACGCAACGCUUCCUGGCGCCUGUCAAUGUAACCUUGUGCAGCAGGGAUCAGAGUCUCUGCAAUUAAUAUUUGAACGCAAAACGUAGCCUGUUCCGGUUACUGAACGUUUGAAGACAUUUGGAACGUGGAGUUUAAAAUAAUUCCUUUUUGAACAUAAAUCUCGCAUCAUUCAUGGCGGCUUUUGACUCGAACUGCAACGGUUUGAAAACUCAAGUGUUCUGCGUGGACGUUCGUUAGUGUCUCGUCCCCAUUCGUCCUAAUCGCAGCGGAUGGAGGUUUGCUGAGAGCUGGGAUUGAGAUAGGCAUCUUUUCACUCGUCGAGGCAGACCGAACAGCUGCAGCAUCUCGCGCUCUCCCGCACGCAGGAAAGAACGGAAAAGGAACGCUAUCUUACAACAAGGACCUUCCUUAUUCGGUAGAUUCAACGAAUUUUAGGAUUCGCAACCUAGCCUCAAAUUCUAUUUGCAUGGUUGUAACCUCGAUGAUGGUAUUGCUAUCGGCGCCAAGGGGGUGAUGUAAGCUGAAUCGUUGGACGUGGGUUGUUGUAGCCAUAGCAGCUCUGUGCUGAACUGGCAAAGCGACAGACCGAGAGAGCGAAGAGAGGAGAGCAGAGGAGCUGUCCAUAGGCUGGUGGUGCUGAUGCGGCGGCUCUGAGAGAAGCAGAGAAUCCGAGCAUGGCUGCCGGGAAGUUACUGCUCUACGCCGGACUGUCCCUCUCUCUGUGCGCGCUGGGGAUGCUAGCAGUGGCAAUCUGUUCCGACCACUGGUACGAGACUGACGCGCGGAGGUACCGGGAGCGCUGCCGGAGCUUCUCCAGCCGCAAGAACCCAGGCUUUAUCUACAUCCCCAACAACAGCCUCCCUCUGCGGGCAAGCCGCUCCAGACUGGACCGCUGGGAGGACAAGCUGCUCCUAGCCCGGAACAGAAGGCAGCUGUUCGCCAUGUCCGCCGCGGACGAGUGUAGCAAGCAGUACAACUCCACCAACAUGGGACUGUGGAGAAAAUGCCACCGACUGGGCUUCGACCAGGACAUAGAAGACCUCAUUCGCAAAGGUAAGAGAGAGGAAACUUAUAAAUACAAUACAGGAUU